CAUUCAGAACUCAAAUAAUACAGUAAAUACACAUUCCAGUCUGUUUGAGCUCAUUACCAACUCUAAUUAUUGUUUGAUCUCCUCACCCAUCUCUAUGUACUAGACAACACCUUGUGCCAUAUAGUAUUUUGAUCUACGUACGAUCAAUCAGUUAACAAUUGAUCGAUCUAUCAUUGAGCUAUUGAGAAAUAACAAGAGAUUCGAUAAGUUAAUAUUGAGGUAACUGGAAACAGUCCUCUGAUUUUAUCCGUGAACUAGCAAAAGAAGACGACUUUGUGAAGGAGCAAAAAUAACAAUGGCCGAUCCAGUAAUUGGUGCUACUGUUCAAGUUGUGCUAGAGAAGCUGCUUUCUCUCACUAUUGAGGAGGCCAAAACUUUAAGGAACUGCAAGAAAAAUCUCAGAAUGCUCACAAAAUAUGUAUCCAUCAUCCAAGCUUUCAUUCAUGAUGCUGAAAGACGACAAGUCGAAGAUCAGGCUGUGGAAGAAUGGCUCAAGAUGCUUGAGAGAGUUGCUGAAGAUGCUGAAAAUGUGUUUGACAAAUUCACAUAUGAAUCUCUCAAAGCACAAGUGAUGAAAAACCGAGCCAAACUACUGGAAAAAGUCCAUAGCUUCUUUUCUAAUACUGCUUUUAAGUACAAAAUGUCUCAAAAAAUCAACAACAUCAAUGAAGAGUUGAGGGCUAUCAAUCAGUUAGCCAAUGACCUCGGUCUCCAAUCACUGACUGUUCCUUCUCGCAAAAUACUACAAAUCAGAGAAACAGAUUCCUUAGGAGUUGCUUCGGAUGUUGUUGGUAGAGACAAAGAUGUUGCUGAAAUAAAGGAGAAGAUGUUGAACAUGAGAGAGGAAGUUGUUCGGUGUGCCAUUCCCAUAGUGGGAAUGGGGGGUUUAGGGAAAACUACUAUUGCUAAGAGAAUUUUCAAUGAUGAAGAGAUAGAAAAACACUUUGAAAAGAGAGUUCGGAUGGGUCUACCUGAAAUGUCAGAGACUAAGAGCUUUCUUGAAUAGAUCCCCGAAACAUUGACAGAGAGGAAACUUGAGGUCUCUUGGUAUCACUUUUCUUCAGCCUCACAAGUUCCAACUGGAUUAUGCCAGAACAUAUACCAGAUCUUCUAAGUUGUUGGAU